AUGCAACGCUGUUUCUCGAUCGGCGGUUCGGUAUGCUCGGUCGAGACUGUAACGCAGUUUCUCGAUCGGCGGUUCAAACUCAAUAACGUUUUUUUUGACCGGACUGUCUGUGCUUCCGUUGAUUACGGUAAACACCAGUGUCAAGAAAGGGCAGCGGCGGCGGAAAACAACGUUCGGCAGCGGCGAAAUACUAAUUGGCGAUUCUUGCCCGGUCUGUAUGUGCUUUCGUUUGGUAACGAUAAACACCAGCGGCAAAAGAGCGCGGCGGCGGAAAAACAACGUUCGGCAGCGGCGAAAUACUAA